CACCAUUUAAGAAUUCAUGGAGAGACGACUUUUUCCAGAUUCGUCAGCGCUGAGACAUAUCACCAACCGCCAUUCAAAGGAUGCGCUCGUUGACAUGGCUCUCCGUUGGAUUCACAUUCAUCCCAUUACUCGUCCUCAUCGACAACCUGAAAAGGAGUUGUAUGUAGACGAAGAAAGCUAUGAAAAGAGGGAAAUGGAGGAUCACGAGUAUAAAGCACAGGUCGAAAAACGAUAUUGGUGGAUAAAAGAGAAUGGCAACAGAAAUACUGUCGUGGAUAGGAUGUUGAGAGUUGACUGGCGUACAGGACUGAACUCCACGCAAGUAGCUGAUUUGGAUCUAGCUUAUUAUUCACAACAUGCCAACUUGAAAAACUGGAGAACACUUAGAAUGAAUUAUGGUGACGAGACCACCCUAAGAAAAAGAUGGCUUGAUCCCUCAAAGAUUGAAAGGACACUUUCGCACCACCUUGCGCCUUUUCUGAAGCAUCAUGUUCAAGUAUUACAAGACAAAGAAAAGGUUUGGAUCAGAUUAAGCAUCCAUGACGGGUUGGCACCUCAUACACUACCGCCUCCAACAGCCGUUAUAUACUUGAUCUGGUUUAUAAACUCGAAGUAUCUUUUGUGCGGGACAUUUAAAGCGGAAUGGAGGGAUUUCGUGAUGCAGGCAAUAUUACGGUUAUUUAAAGCGGCUGAAAUUGAAGAGUGGCCACUGGCAAGCAAGUCUCCAACGUCCCUUCAAGAGCUUUUGUUGCAUAAAGAUUCUCAGGGACCACAUAGCCGGUACCGACUUGGUCAGCUGGAUAAUAACCCACUAGCGAACAUCCCAAAGAAACGAAGACUAGAGGAUCCACUAGAUAGAUAUACGAACGGAUUGAGGGAUAUCUGUACUGAAGAUCCAACCAAAAUAAUAGCACGUGAUCGAUCCAUAGUCAGUGAUUUUGGUCCUAAUGCGCAACCUAGUCUUCAUAGAGUGGAUCUACAGCUUAAUCUGCCAUACACAAACAAAAGUAAAGACUUCGGACUUGGACGCUCGACAAAAUUGCCAUUUCCGAUCAAAGUGGUCCUUGAAGGUGGCAAUGUGAUCGAGGGAAUCAAGUCUCUAAUACCUCUUGGUGUGGCACAAAACCCCAUACCAAAGUUUCUAGCAGAAUUACAUUCGAUGGCAAGUAACCGCCUAACUAUAAACAUGGAUGAGGAAGGAGAGUCAUUGCAACAAAUAUCACCAGGCUAAAAAACUAAAUAUUGCGAUAUCUGGCAAUAAAAUGGAUGCGAC